UUUUUUAUGCAGGUCUUUGCAGAACCACACUGAGUUCUGAGACACAACAACGUUGCUCAGACAAAAACUGGAAUAAACAGCAAGAAAUAAGAAUUCAUGGCAGCUCAUGACACUGUUUUACUACAGGAAACGGGCCUGAAGACUUUCUGGAAAAUGUAGUCAACUGACGGAAAAUGGGUUAAAGUCCAGAUGGGUACAGAUCAGUAUUACGUCCACAAAAUAUGAGUCCCUGGUGGUGUUUGUUGGGUGUGUGCAGCAGAGUCAGUGUUAAAGCGAUCGAACAUCAUGUCUGCGUCUCUGCUCGCCGUCUUCUUCCUGGGAGGUUUUUUCCUUCAAGUGUUCAGCCAAGAUCAAGCUCUUCCAGAGCUCUGUGGGAAGGAAAACGGCGGCUGUGAACAUUUCUGCCAUGUAGUCGGGGGAGAUGUACGCUGUGCCUGUGCUGACGGAUAUUUCCUGGCAGUGGACAACCGAUCCUGCAGCUCCAACGAGACUUUUAAAUGCGGCGCCAUCGUCUCCAACAAUGGCCAGAGACAGAACAGAACUGAGAAGAGAAACUCCACAGAGGGGCAACAGGACCUCCAGAGGAACACCAGCAGUCAGACCCUCCCUCCCAGGGCAGAAGAGACAGAGAUCAUCAAUGGAGAAGACUGUCCACCAGGAGAAUGUCCAUGGCAGGCACUCCUGAUUAAUGAGGACAACAUUGGGUUCUGUGGGGGAACUGUUCUGACUGAAUACAUCAUCCUGACUGCUGCUCACUGCGUGACCCAAUCCCGUUACUACACCAUCAGGCUCGGUGCCAACAACAGGUCACACAGUGGUGGUAAUGAAGCUAUACAUGUGGUGGAUGCCAUCGUCCAUCACCAUGGUUACCGCCCAGAGACCUACUUCAAUGACAUAGCUCUGGUAAAACUGGCCACGCCCAUCAAGUUCAGCAGCUACAUCCUGCCGGCCUGCAUGCCGGAGCCUGACUUCAUGGAGAAGGUUCUGAUGCGGCAGCCAGGUGGGCUGGUUAGCGGUUUUGGACAUCUCGGUGAGGGUCAGCCGUCUACCAUCUUACAGCGCCUCUCUGUGCCCUACGUGGAUCAGCACACCUGCAUGGAGUCGACCCAGCUGAGCAUCUCCUUACGAAUGUUCUGUGCUGGCUAUGACUCCGUCAGGGAGGAUUCCUUUCAGGGCGACAGCGGCAGCCCGCACGUCACACGUUACCAUGACACCUUCUUCAUCACCGGCAUCAGGAGCUGGGGCAAAGGAAAAUAUGGCAUCUACACACAAGUGUCUAAAUACAUUCGCUGGAUCAGAGAGGGCAUCAAGAAGCUGACGCCCAUAGAGAAGAGCGGUACCGGGCUGAAAAGGCCCCACGGUGCCAUCUAGAGGCUCUGACUGUAGACCAGCUGGACAGUGAGCUUCCAGGAAGCAGAGAUCAGUAAUCUAUUCUGGAGGAUCCCAGUUUAGCCAAAGAGACCUGGAAGCUUUCUACCUUAACGGGCCAUCCUGAUGGAGGUGGAGGCCCGCAGGGCGGUUAGUUCGGCCUCCUGAACUUUCUGUUUUAAUCUCAAUAUGGAAGGCAGCAAAAUCUGUUCAUAAAACUAAAACCUUGUUUUACCAAAUGAAUCUAACAUGACAAGAACUGAUGAUUUAACAUGUCCGAACAAUAAAUGCCUGUUUUUGUGUUUUCUAUAAUUUAGUGACAAAAGUAAGAAUUUGAUCUGAAUCUAAUGGAAAUAAAAAUAAAACCGGAAACACCA